UUGCAAGCUUGAUCAACCAUCACCACGGGCACGCUUGUUUCCUGUGUGAGUGUGUCACUGAUCUGCUGAGUAGGUCGGUGUGCUGAAAGUCAGGAUUGUAAUACUUCUUGCAACGACAGGUUCUCUGAUCACUUCAAGGCUUUUGGCUUUGCGUCCACGACCCUAUUGUCAGUACACGUUGCCCACAAGCCCCUUUUUGAGUGACUCUCACUCUCUGAAGUUACUUUCAACUGAUGUAUGUUGACUUUGUAGAUUUGCUAUCCCGAACAUAUGCGAACAUCCUCCUAGUUUAUUUUACGAGGAGCAGGAACUGGUCUGUGUCAAGAGCACAUACUACCUGUGCUGUGGAGUAACUGAGAGGUUGUAAGCUUGCUCUUUGGUCGAAAUGAGUUUCAUCACUAAUCUCUGGAAGCAGCCAAAAAUUACUCGACCUGUUCGGAGUCUACGCCCGAAGAAGAACGCCAUCACAGAUGAUUAUGUGCUUUCGAAGACAGUGCUCGGCGUGGGAGUGAAUGGCAAGGUGCUUGCUUGCACCUCUAAGAAGACUGGUGAAAAGCACGCAUUGAAAGUGCUCCGUGAUGUUCCAAAGGCCAGGCGUGAAGUGGACCUGCACUGGAGAGCCUGUGUUAGUGACUAUAUUGUGGAUAUUGUCGAUGUGUAUGAGAACUCCUUUGGUGGCCAGAAGUGCCUGCUUGUGGUGAUGGAAUGCAUGGAGGGAGGUGAACUGUUUACCCGUAUACAAGAGCACUCGGAGCAUCCGUUCACGGAACGUGAAGCGGCCAGCGUAGCACGACAGAUAUGUGCAGCGCUGUCUCACUUGCACCAUUUGAACCUUGCUCACCGGGACCUGAAACCGGAAAACCUACUGUACAAGAGCAAGGCACGCGACUCUGUUCUGAAGCUGACUGACUUUGGGUUCGCGAAGGAGGUGACUUCGAAGAUGCAGACACCCUGCUAUACGCCGUACUACGUAGCGCCAGAAGUACUAGGGCCGGAGAAGUACGACAAGUCAUGUGACAUGUGGUCGCUCGGAGUCAUCCUGUAUAUCCUCCUUUGCGGCUACCCGCCGUUUUAUUCCGCAAGCGGUGCAGCCAUAUCUCCAGGCAUGAAGCGCCGCAUUCGACUCGGCCAGUACACCUACCCGGAUGCGGAGUGGAAGAGCGUUUCAUCGGAGGUCAAGCAGAUGAUCAGUGGCCUGUUGCGCACAGACCCGGCCGAGCGCCUUUCUAUGGAGCAAGUCUUGUGCCACGCGUGGAUCACUGGACAGGGCGUCGUUCAUCCACAGGAGCCACUCAUGUCCGCCCGCGUUCUAGCCGAGGAGAGUCACAUGUGGGAAGAGACUCAGGAGGAGAUGGCACAUGCGCUGGCCACCAUGCGAGUGGACACUGACAAGGUCACUCGUGUCAAGGAGAUGGACACCAUCGCCAACCCCAUGCUAGAAAGAAGGAGAAAGAAGCAGAAUGUGGAUGCGAAGACCCCUGCAGGUUCAGUAGGGUCUCCAGUGUAGGGGUCUGCAACUGAAAUUGUUUCCUAAUUACCUAGUAAUUAGUUGUAUAUAUGCACCUCGGUGCUUGUUCCCUCAUGUCAAGAUCUAAAUAGUUACAUGUAGGCACGAAAUAUUUUCUAAGGAAUGACAUACAUGUGCUUCAUUGAUGCAUGUGCAAAAAUAGGUUCUGUACCACUCUAAGAAAGGUUGUUGUCGAUCUUGUUGACUAUUUUCGAGUUUACACUCUUUCUUUGUAUUUUUAUUUGUUAUCGACUUUCUGACUUUUAAGUACUAGUAGUGGUUUGAUUUUAUUAACCCUUAAGGCCUUAUCAUAGAAUCGCUCUUCCAAAGUACCCAUUUCUGCCGCCUAGCAACCAUAAUAACACCAUGAAAUACAUGUUAUUUUUUAGUACUCUUUUUCUUCAUAUUUUGUUCAUUGUAUUAUUUUUCGUAUUGCUGCCUGCUGUGCUGGUACACAUACUGUGUGACAUAGUCAUACGCGGAGUUUCAAAGGUUGUGUUUUGUGAACUAACUGCUUCAAAUCAACAGUAAA